CCAGGCUCCUUUGCGGGUAAACAGACAUGGCCGACGAGGGAGAUCAGCCGGACGCUGCGCACAACAUGGGCAACCACCUGCCGCUGCUGCCUGCAGAGAGUGAAGAUGAGGAAGAUGAAAUUGAAAUGGAAGUUGAAGACCAGAAUAGUAGAGACGCCAGAAAACCAAACAUCAUAAACUUUGACACCAGCCUGCCAACGUCACAUACAUAUCUGGGCGCUGAUAUGGAAGAGUUUCAUGGGAGGACUUUGCAUGAUGAUGACAGCUGUCAGGUAAUUCCAGUCCUUCCUCAAGUGAUGAUGAUCCUGAUUCCUGGGCAGACAUUACCACUACAGCUGUCCCACCCACAAGAAGUGAGCAUGGUGCGGAAUUUAAUCCAAAAAGACAGAACCUUUGCAGUUCUUGCGUACAGUAAUGCGCAAGAAAGGGAAGCACAGUUCGGAACCACAGCAGAGAUUUAUGCUUAUCGAGAAGAGCAGGAGUUUGGAAUUGAAGUAGUGAAAGUGAAAGCAAUUGGACGGCAGAGGUUCAAGGUCCUUGAACUUAGAACACAGUCAGAUGGAAUCCAGCAAGCUAAAGUGCAAAUUUUGCCAGAGUGUGUGUUGCCAUCAACUAUGUCUGCAGUUCAGUUAGAAUCACUCAAUAAGUGCCAGAUAUUUCCUUCAAAACCUGUCUCUUGGGAAGACCAAUAUUCAUGUAAAUGGUGGCAGAAAUACCAGAAGAGAAAGUUUCACUGUGCAAAUCUGACUUCAUGGCCUCGCUGGCUGUAUUCAUUAUAUGAUGCUGAAACAUUAAUGGAUAGAAUUAAGAAACAGCUACGUGAAUGGGAUGAAAAUCUCAAAGAUGAUUCUCUUCCUGCGAAUCCAAUAGACUUUUCUUACAGAGUAGCUGCUUGUCUUCCUAUUGAUGAUGUGUUGAGAAUUCAGCUCCUUAAAAUUGGUAGUGCUAUUCAACGACUUCGCUGUGAAUUAGAUAUCAUGAAUAAAUGUACUUCCCUUUGCUGUAAACAGUGUCAAGAAACAGAAAUAACAACCAAGAAUGAAAUAUUUAGUUUAUCCCUAUGUGGUCCAAUGGCAGCAUAUGUGAACCCUCAUGGAUAUGUACAUGAGACACUGACUGUGUAUAAAGCUUCCAACCUGAAUCUGAUAGGUCGGCCUUCUACAGUACACAGCUGGUUUCCUGGGUAUGCAUGGACCAUUGCCCAGUGUAAGAUUUGUGCGAGCCACAUUGGAUGGAAAUUUACAGCCACCAAAAAAGAUAUGUCACCUCAAAAGUUCUGGGGCUUAACUCGCUCUGCUCUGUUACCCACAAUUCCAGAAACUGAAGAUGAAAUAAGUCCAGACAAAGUAAUACUUUGUUUGUAAGUGCAUUGUAGGAGUAACUUCCUAACGAAUUAUUUUCUCAAGUCAGAUCUGC